GAAAGAAUUAGAAUAAAGACAGAUGAAAAUAUUUGCUUGAAAAUACAAAGAAUUCAUAACUUUUCAACAACUUGUUUCGACUGAUUUUAAAAGUUUCAUCUACACCUCGUGGGACCUUUUCCUCACGUGAUAAAUACUACUGUUUAUUAGUUUAUUCAAGUGCUCAGCAUUUUGGCAGCAAUUAGCCAAGCAUCGCUUCAAGUGUUUUAUGAAGAAAUGGAGAAAAAAAUUUAUAAAUACAUAGUUUCUAAAUUAUAUGACCGUUGUAGCUUUAUAGAUUCUUGAGAUUGUACAAAAUUAAGUAAACACAUACGAAAUAAUACUCGUUUUUUUUUUGUCUAUUGGCAAUUAGUGUGCGCGAUAACGGUAUUGAUAAUAGUAAUAAAAGUAGUGUGGCGCACAAGACGUUGUCAAGUUUAGGCCGAGAAUAUUCUUUCAUUUGUGUAUUGUGGGUCUUUGAAUUGUUUGGCAUAAAGACCCUACUCUUUUCGCAUCUUGAUGUUUAUACGGAGCUCCUUCGUGGUACUGGUCGCUUAACUUGGCCAUUCAAGGAGCAAUCACAUUAAGUUAUAACAUUUUCUACGCCUACGAAUAAUUCACUCACAGAGUUGGGUGCGAAAUCAUGACUCCCUAAUUAAGAAUCGAUAUGCCGUGCACUAUCACUUUUAGCUAAGGCGGCAUUACCAGUGUGGCAAAAGUUUACAGCUUUAGUAGCAGUAAAAGUUAACGGUUGAGACUACUCAUUUUAAUAUGAUUACCUCCACUUGAAAUUGCAUUUAGUCUUCGUUUUGAGUGCCGUACAAGCGUAUCAUCCAACCUCAUCCAACCAAUGUCCGCUGUUUCGUUAAUUCUUUUGACGCUCCUGCUUGUGGCCACAGCCGCUACAGAUGACAACAGCCGAAUACAGCUGAACGAGGGUCGCAUCAUAGGCGGCAAAGAUGCAUCGAUUGUACGUCAUCCGCAUCAAGUUUCGUUGCGACACAGAACUUGUGUCGAGUGCGCCUACGUGCACGAAUGUGGCGGUAGCAUACUGAACGAGGACACCAUACUGACGGCGGCGCAUUGUGUUUUGAAUCGCGAUGUGCGUAAUUUUACGGUGAUCGCUGGCACCGACAAACGCGCCAGUUGCGAUGGCAUAGUGGCGCGCGUGGACAAACUGCUCAUGCACGAACUUUACAAUGCUUCUACAACGGAUUAUGAUGUGGCAUUGCUCUUUCUCUCCACACCGCUGACAAUCGACAAUUUAUUUAUUGCAUCUGCUGCACUGGCAAUGACUGCACCAGCAGUUGGCGCAAAGGCCACCAUCACUGGUUGGGGUACAGUUGAAGAGGGUGGUGUGGCUGCGAGCAAAUUGCAAGAAGUCAAUGUUUUCGUGCUGGACCAAAAGGAAUGCAGUCUGGCCUAUGGCGACCGCUUUACGGACGCUAUGCUGUGUGCGGGUGUGGUUAAUGGUGGCAAGGAUGCUUGUCAGAGGGAUUCAGGUGGUCCGCUAUUGGUGGAACGUCAACUGGCCGGUAUCAUUUCUUGGGGCAUUGGUUGUGCACGUCCGGAAUACCCCGGUGUCUAUGUGAAUGUGUCGCAUGUGCGUCAGUGGAUCGAGUCAAAUGUUGCUGUCAAUUCGUUGUACAAAUUGAAAUGAACUGAACAUAAAUACCAGAAUGUUUGUAUGUGCAUGAAAAGGUGAUUAACAUAAAAAAAGAAGAUAUUUGCUCUUUUUCCGAAUGAAUCAUAAAAAUCGGUAUGUUUUAUGAUUUCCGCCAAAUAGUUUUGCUCAGCACAUUGUUGGUUAUUCGUGAAAUUAAUCGCGUUGGAAUUUAUGUAAAAAUUUUAUUAUUUUAU